UUUAUGACUUCUACGUGCUCUUUAAUUACCCAGAAUUGACGUGUUUAUUUCAAUUGGCGACAAUUGGUAAUAUGUUUACCCUUAACCGUCGUCAAUUUUCUAAUGAGGAUAAUCACGCUUAUGCGCGAAUGUGUAGACGCGAUGCGCGUAGCUCGCAUACGUCCUAAGUUGAGUCUUCGUCUUCAUGCGACUAACUGCUGUGUGUCCAAUCGAUUAUCACAAUGAUCGUAAUGUCAACAUGAUUAAUUGACGCACGGUACUUGUGUUGUUGAUUCACAUAGUUGCCAAACAUACAUACGCAAUGAGUUCCAGUAUCCUUGCUACAAGAGCAGAGCAGUAUUUUUACAGCAUGAAUCCCAUAGCUCAGAGAAUCAGCGAGGAUAUAACUGCUACGAAAGAAGCAUACGAGGGUUUGUGGAAUACUUUGAGCAUAGCCGAGCGCAAUCAAGCUAUCAAUGAAACCAUAAUUCAGCCUGAAGUAGCCUUGAAAUAUACCUUGAAGAAGGUGGAAUCGACCAAGGAGUUGCCUGAGUGGUAUCCAAGACUGCGCAUACAGACAGGAAUGAAAUAUGUCAUAGACGAAACUGGUUCCACUUUACGAUGGCGCGACGAACACUCCGCGCCAUUUUCAUUCAUGACUCAGUCGCAGAUGAAUCUCAGUUUGAUCGAUUCCAACGAAGAGUUGAAGUCGAAAUCCCUGAGAUCUCAUUUUGGAGACUCGCCGCACUUCUCCAGUCCCGUACAGACGCAGCGAAGUAAUUCUUGUCUGAUGACCGAUGGCUACGGUUCUGCGCAUCAAGUUGGUUGUUGCCCGGCAGAUUGCUACACCAGCAGUUUAUUUGAAAAUGAUCAGUGCAGCAAUUUGUUGAUAAAUGAGAUCGACAGUGAACGCUCCGACAGUAUAUUUGCUAAACUGAUCAAUAAGACGUCUUUGUUGAAAUUACAAAGUGACAUCGAAGAUGAUAUGGAGAGCUUGGUAAGGGAGAGAGAUUCCGAUACGGACAAGAGUCAGUCAAACACUUUGGGGGUGAUGUCGCGAACAAAAUCGAGCGAUAUCAACGAAUCAACCGCUCUGUUGGAGACACCCAGUUCCUACAGCAGCUUUCAGUCGUCGCAAUUGAAUCAAGAGGAGGAGGAGAGAAGUAUACCAAAGACUGGAUUUGAGUUUCUGGAUAAUUGGUAAAUUGAUUCAGUUUCCUGAAUGCACUUUUUUAUCGCAGGAAAAAUAUCUUCAUAAUGUCCGAAAAAUGUGUGUCGCAAACUGGCAUAAUUUAACCUGGCUAUUUAUCUGAUUAUAUAUUUUGCAUAAAAAUUGUGUGUGUACGUGUGGGAAAGCCAGACUAUAUUUAUAUGUAUAUACGUAUACGUGUAUGAAAAGUGGAAUACUCUUUAUAGAAAUACUCUCUUACGGAAUAGUUUUUGACAAGACUUUUUAUAUUAACAUUUUGUAAUCUUUUAUUUUAUUUGUGUUUAUUUUUAUACUACUAGAAUACUAGACACCGUGUUUACAUGACAGAUGACUUAAAUAGAUUUUUGAAGACUGAACAAAAUAAUUUUUAUGUAUCUUUUUACGUAAGAUUUAAUCUGAAUUUUUAAUACAUGUAUUGCGUAUCGCCUAGAUGUCGAAUGAUCUGAGCCAAUUUAUUACUCUAUUAUCUUUUUUAUAUAAUAGAUAAUAUUAUAUUUUGUAAUGUCUAAUAUCUCGUAUAUAAAGUAUACUUAUAAUUAAUAAAUGUGCUCACGCAAUUCUGCAAGCGUUUCAUUGCGAGGUAUUUAUAGUCAACACAAUUUCGCUUUCAAAAAUUACAUUUAUAUCUUUUAAUGUCUAAAACCGUCUUGUCGAUCGUGUAUUAAUAUACACAUAUUAAUAUUCAUAUCUCUCGAUAUAAGUGUGCGCAAUAAUUUACUUUUUAUCACACUUUCAUAACAUACGUCUAUAAUAUUAAUUUAUAUAUUACAAUGUAGUGUAUAAACAACUUAUGUUACAAAUUG